AUGAUAUUAAUUUUUUUCUUGUCUUGUUGGUUCUUAAUUACAUUAUAGACCUUAUCUAAUACUGCCCUCAAUCAAUCAAACUUAAUUGCAAAAAAAUUAGUGGAAUUAAGCAAUAAUGAAAUCUAAGAUUAGAGUUGCUUAACUUUUGGAAUUUGGUCGAAAUAUAAUCCAUUAAGUAAUUCAAAAUUAAAAGGCUCUUAUGGAUUGUUUGAUAGUAAUUGCUUUUAAUUAAUGAAUGCUGUUGACGAUGUUACUUUUAGUUUACAUUUAAUUUAUUAUGAUUGUCUUGAUUAUCCAAAAAGAUAGAUUACAAAAUAUAUCAGAUUAGGUUUAGUUGAAAAUCAAUAAUAUAUUUUUUAGAAGAAAAUCGAACAUACAAAUUAUGAAAAUAUUUGGUAUUUUUUUUAGGUUAUUUCAAUUUAAUCUUAAAAUUAAUUAGAAUUUGCUAUUUAUUCUUCAUCUGAUUUAAUUUUUCAGGAAACUGCUGAUGUGAAAUUAAAUGACAAAAAUUUAUAAUUAUUAUUUACAUUUGGAGGAAGUUUAAAAGUAAAUCUUACAAAAAUAACUUUAAUUAAAUAAGGAACAAUAUUCUCACUCUUUCAAGGUUUGAUAAUUGUAUAAAAUAUAGAGAUGUAGAGAUUACCUAUUUAUCUUGAUUUUGGAUAAAUGAUAACUGAAUUUUAUUAAAAUAUAGUUGCAUGUACUUGUAAAAGCAAUUUAGAGAUAAAAAUAGAUGAUUAUCAUCUCAUUUAUCUUGAUUAACAGAUUUAAGUUUCAGAAAAUAAUAAUUGUGAUUCGUAUUCACUCACCGGAUGGUUUUUAAUAACAAAUAUUUCACAAUCAUCUUAAGAAUUUAUAUAUUAGUUUAUUAAAAUAAGCUCCAAUUAAAAUGAUCUGUAAAAUGAAAAUAUAGCCACAUUUUAACUAUUUUAUCUUAUAUCACCUAUUCAAAAUAAGUUAAUCAUUACAACUUAUAAGUACGAUUUUCCAUCAGUUACAUUGAACUUUUCGAAUAAUCAAUUUUUAAUUAUUAGAGAAUUUUUGAUUUAAAGUAAUAUUAAAUCAUGGCAAUAUUUAUAAGUAAAACUGGAAGAAAAUGUAUUAAAUUUCUAAAUCACUUUCUAUAAUACAAAUUCUACUUAAUCAUAUGAUACAAAAAUUGAAAUUAAAUAAUUUCAUAAUUGUUAGUUUUAAAUUUUAUAUGGAAACAUUUAAUAAGAUAAAUCUAAUUAUUUAAAUAUAAUUGUUAAAAGUUUGAGAUUUGAUAAUUGUAACAUAGAUUAAACAAAUAAUAAAUGUCAUUACAGUUGUUCAGAAUGUGACGGUCCUGGUUAUUCUAAUUGCUUAGUUUGCCCUGAAAAUUCAAAUAGAAUAUAUUAAAAAUAAUUUAAACAGUGUGUUUGCCCAUAUUCUUCAAUUGAUUAAAAUACUAAAUGUAUCAAUUUUUUGGACUAAAAACUUAAUAUUCUAAGGAAUUAAUCAAAUAUUGUAAAAUGUCAAUAAGGCUUUUUUGAAAUUAAUGGAGAUUGUAUUAGAUGGUAAAUUUUAUUUGUUAUUAUUUAGUCCUUCGAGAAUCAAAGAAAAGCUUAUAACUUGUUCUAAUUGUUUUGAAAAUGCCAAAACAUGGAAUAAAUUUGCAAAAUGUGAUAGAGAUUUAUAUAUUAAUGAUGAUUUUAAAACUUAUGAUCCUUACAUAUACUAUGAAGCUUUGAUGUUUUUAUUUGAUGGAUCAGAACUGAUAAUUUUUUAAAAUAGUAAAGAUUAGGGAUAUUUUAAUAUGGUAGAUGAAAUUGUUCUUUAUGAGGAAUUCAUUUAAAUGAAUUAAAAUUUCAAAUAAUUUUGUAACUAAAAAAAUGAAAAUGUUAAUGUAGAUAAAUUUGGUUAUUUAUGUAAAAUUUCAAAUUGUAAAAUUUGUGGUAUAUAAAUAAAUGAACAAAUUUGUCUAAUUUGUGAUUAACCAUUUAAACUUAUUAAUGGCCAAUGUACUUUUUAAAUUAAUUAUUUUAAUAACACCAAAUGUUUUCCACCAUUUUAUACAUCACAUACUGAAAAUUGUGAAUUAUGUAAACUUAAAAAUUGUAUUUAUUGUUUUGAAUAUGUCAAUAAUUAUUAUUAAUGGAUUAGUAUUAAUAGAGAUCAGAUUAAUUUAAGUGCAAACUAAUAAAAUGAUGUAAAAAUUGGUUGUUUAUUGUGUGAAGAGGGUUUUAGUUUUGAUUUCACUUUAGGAUUUUGUGUGAAUAACUUUCCAAGUAUAUAGAAUUGUUUAACUGCUUUUAUAAAUUUUGAAAGUGAGGAAAUAUGUUUAUCAUCCUCUUUAGAUAAUUUUUUAGUUUCUAAAGAAAUCAAUCAUUGUGAACAAUUUAUUUUAAAUUGUUAAUCAUGUUAUUUAGAUUUGUAUAAAUUUAUAAAAUGUAUAGAAUGCAAAUUAGGUUUCGUCUUACAAGAAGAAUAAUGUUAUGAGAAUUAAGAAUAAAGUUCAACUUAUUUAAAAAUGUUUUGGGAUAUGAAGAUUGAAAUUUUCUUAAUGAGUUUUCAAAAUAAUGAUUAUAUUGAAAAUUUAAAUUAAGAUUAAUUUCUUUUUUGCAAAAAUCAAAUUUAGGAUGGAGAAUAUUAUUGUGAUUAAUGCAUAUGUAAAUAUUAAGAAACUUAAAUUCAUUAGAAUGAAUUUUUUUAACAAUGUUCUUAAUUGUGUCAAGUGUGUAAAUUAAGAGAAAAUGAAGAAAUAAAAGUAAAUAUUGAAUUAAUAGUUAGAAAAUUGCACCUAACUUUUAAAAAAAUUUAAAAAAUUCUAUUUAUACAUCUUUAUGCAUAAAACCUUAAAUUGAUCCUUUUAUUUACUAUAAUCCUUAUUUAAAAACAACUUAAUAUUGUGAAAAUGGUGAUUGUAAUAAUGCCUUUAAAUAUGAAAUUAUUUAAACUAAUUGUUUUUAUGAUAAUUUCUCUAAAGAUUUAAAUUCAUUAGGGAUUAUUCCAGAAUAUUUGAAUAAAAUUGGAGCUAAUAAUCUAACAAUUAUUAUCAAAUUAGUAAUAUAAAAUUAAAAAUGUAAUCUCAUACCUUUAUUUACUAAAGCAUCUUUAAAAUUAGAUGUUUUUACUUUAUAAUUUAUUAAUAUGUAAUUCUUAGGAGAAUAUCCUAUAGACUUAUAUGUUUUUGAUUCAUUUUUUAUCUAAGAUUAUGAUUCAUUUACUAUGAUAAAUUUUGGUCUUGUUUUUCCUAACUUCAAUAUGUUAAAUUUUAAUUUUAGUAACUCUGAUAAAGAAUUUAAUAUAAAAUUAAUUAAUAUUACCAUUAAGGAUAGUUUGAUAAGAAAUGUUGGAUCUUUAUUUACGACAGAACAAUUUGGUUCAAUAGAUUUAUAAAAUCUAUCUAUAAUUAAUUCUAAAUUCAUUAAUUCUUCAUUAUUUAAUUUUAAUUACUUAAGUUUGAAUGGAUUCAUUAAAAUUUAAUCAUUAAAUUUCAUCAAUUGCACAUUUAUAAAUUUAAACUUAUUUUAGUUUUCUUAAAUUUACUUCAUUAUUCAUAUUAAUAACCUGACUUUAGAUUAAUGUCAAUUACAUAAUGCUUCUAUUUAUAAUUUUUAAAAUAAUAGUGGUUUAUAAACUUAGCUACUCCUUAUAAAUACAUAAAUUUUUAGAUCGAAAUUUGAAAGUUCCAAAUUUUUUUACUGUUCUUCAGAAAUAAAUGUUACUGUAAAUAAUAUUAUAUUUUAAUUCAAUUAUUUAUUUAAUUCUCUUAUCUUUGGAUUUAGCUCACAUUUAUAAUUAAAAAAUCUUGAAAUUUUAGAUAAUAUAUUUUUAUAGUCAUCUUUUAUGUCAUCAAUUUAAAUGAUUAGUCAAAAUAUUAUAUUACUUAGCAUUAAGGAUUUGUUAAUUAGAAAAAAUUAAAUUCAAAAUUCAAAUUUAUUCACAAUUUUUUCAACUUUUAAAUCCAAAGAAAUAACUAUAAAUUUUGAAAAAGUUAUUAUUGAAUUAAAUACUUCAGGUUUAUAGACAAACAAUAAAACUAAUCAAAUAAGUUAUUUAUUUUAUAUUAAUUGUAAAAAAAUUGUUUUGAGCAAUUUAGAAGUUAAUGAUAAUUUAAAUUUGCAUAUCCUUUAUUUUUAUGAUACAGCAGACAUUAAACUUGAGAAAAUUAGUUUUUAAAAUUCUGUAAUAAAGUAGAAAGUUUCUAUUUAAUCUAGUUAUUUAUCAAAUUAGAAUCUUUAGAACUAAUUACUCAAGAUUGUUGGUUUUCAAAAAAUAUUAAUAUAAAAUUGUAAAAUUUAACUAAUAUCAAGCAUUGAUGAAUCAAUCAUUAAAAUCAUGUCUAAUGCUCAAUAUGUUUCAGGAUAAAUAGAAAUAAUAAAUUUAUUAAAUUUAGAAUUUUAUGGAAAUCUCUUACAAUCCUUCAAUUCUGGUGCAUUUUUUUCUCUCAUCACAAUAGAAUCUGAUAAAAUUUUAGAAAUAGAUACAGAAAAUUUUUUAUUUCAUAGAAAUAUUAUGCAUGUUUAUUCUGAAAGCUCUUUAAAAGGAUUGGCAGCAUUGUUAUUUAUUUCUUCCCCAUCAAGUACUAUCUAUUUCAAAAAUUUUAGUUGCUAGUAGAAUGCUAUGACAAACUCUUCCAAUUCCUUUAUUAAUAUUGCUACCAAAAGCUUAAAUAUAUCUAAUUUACAUGUAUCAAAUCAUAAUGUAUUACCUUUGAAUGUUUGGAAUAAUUAUUAUGAAAUAUAAUUAGUGAAUUAAGAAUAAACUAAUUCUUUGUUUAUGCAGAUAUUUAAUUUAAAAACUAUUGGAGGAGUAGCAUCUAUCUAAGCAGCAAACUUCAUUUGUAUAAAUACAACUUUCGAAAACAUUUUGGCUGUCAAAAGUUCUAUAUUUGAUAUUCUUACUACACAUAAAGGAAUAAUAAGGAUAUUAAAUAUAUCUGUUCGUUAAAUUAGUAACAGUAUGAAAAAAAUAAUUGAAAGCACAGGAUGUAUCAGCAUUAAUUCUCAAAAUAGCUUAUUAAAUAUUUUAAUUUAAAAUGUAACAUUUUAAGACAUUUUUAAUAGAAUGGCUUCUGCUCUUUUUACUAUAAAUCCUUCAUUACUUUAAAACUUAAUAAUUUUAUAAGAUAUAAGGAUAAUUAAUUGCAUUUCAUUAAAAAACUAAAUUGUUAAAAUAUAGUUUAUGUUUUAAAUUAAUAAAUAAAAUUCAGUUAUUUUUAAAAAUUUAUUUAUUGUUCAGGAUUAAGAAUCCUGGAUAAAUUUAUUUUUAUAAAUAGGAUUAUUAUCCUAAUCUGAAAUAAGAGAAAUUGCAAGCAAUAGUAAUUCCUUGAUUUAAUUAGAAAAUUGUGAAUUCAUAAUAAUGGGUUUGAUUGUUGAAGGAAUGCUUUUUUCUAAAGUAAUUUAAUUAAGUAAUAUAAACAAUUUAAUCAUUUUUACUGUUCGUUUUAUAACAUAGAGAGUAUUUACUCAUAAAGUCUUAUUUAUAUAGGUUUAAUAGCAUAAUAAAAAUGUUUUGUUACUUUAAAAUCGGUAAUAUUUUAUAAUUGUUCAAUGA